GGACACGCUAGGAAGAAUGAAGCUGUUCUAAUGGAGGAUAACUUAGUCUUCUGAUGAAAGUAUUUUCUUGCUCAUCUCAUAAGAAAUGAGUGUUUAUUAACAGCCCAAGCAGCCAACUUUUGUUCUGUGCUUCGGGAGCUCAAGUGACUCCACUGAAACUCUGGCAUUUAUCACAGACAAAAUUAGGUCAGAAGAGAGCACAGAGGUACUGAAGUGAAAACAGAUAAAUUCAUCCUUAGAAGAGGAAAAAAAACUCUCCUCCGCGUAAGGGACCGAAGGGGCAAGUGGGAAAGGAGGGAGUAGCGCAAGCUGCACAGUGCUUUUCUACAGGAGUUGCAUGCAUGCUUACAAGCUUGGAGAGAUAAUUUGCCUACUCCUUUGCUUUCUCAUUGCCACUUACUGUAGCUGGAGACGGAUCUAACAACGCAGUCUGGGCUCUGUGCCAAAGGCUGGUAUUUCACAGCAGCGACCGCCUUACAGAUGAGCUGUGGGAAGCAGGAGGGAGACUCUCUUAGGGUGCCACUACUAUGGAGACACAGCUGGGCUGAACAAGAUUUGCUUCAAACGACAACAAGAGAGACAGAAAGUGUCUGGUUCGACCGCUGCCCAAGCAGGCAGUAACCAGAAGAGCUAGCAGCCAAUCCGGCCAUGCUGCACUGUUCGAAACCAGCUCUACAUCCCAGCCAAUCAGUGACAUCAUUGAUCUGGAAAAUAACACUUCCUGUAGAUGUCAGUUUAUGUCUGGUGUGCUGUCCCGUUAUUCUGGUGAUGCCACAUGCAGCAUCAAAUAGUAUUGGCAACUGGAAGAAGUCUUUUGGAAUAAGUCUGCAGUCGCACGGCUGGUGGUGUGGCACAGACGGAGCAAGGGUUACAUCAAGGCUGUUCUCUGGACCGUGCAAACAGUCUAGACCAAUGACCUGCAGCAUCAUGCCCUUUGAAGAAGAGGCAAGUUCGGUCACGACGAAGAAAAAUCAAGGCGUACCCUUUUUAACAAUAGGGAGCAGCUCGUGGCUGCAAAGAGGUGUACAGCACCUCUCCAUUUUGCAGCAAGACCACUUCAUAAUCUGCAGAGCAAGAGAGGCCAACUGUAGGAGCAUGGAUAUUGUGAUAUCCUCAGUGAUUUUCCCUCAGUGCCUGGGAAACCUGUGCAGUACAAAGCAGAGUUACCUACUGCAGCACGACUGGGUCCUUGAGAAACCAGAGGUGGUCUUCAUGGAGGCCCAAUAUCAUACUGUUUGGCUGAGUGAAUCUAGUAACUUGACUUCUCCCAGCAUCAAGCCUCCAUUUGACUGGGCUGAAAUCCCUUGGUAUUUCACUGUUUCUGAGCAUCAUUCUGUUGAAAAGUUUCAGUGUUGUUUAAAGAAGGGUUCAAGACCUAGCUCUUAAUAGAGUUGUCAUUCAAACUGAUUCUACUAUUGUGUUUUAGAUACCUUAUAAAAGAUAUCUGCAUUCAGCCAGAAAUGUGGGCACUGUGCCUUCUAUUAUCGUGCAAGUCUAUCAGUUAUGAUACUAGCACUGAAAUGCAUGUACCCUCUCCUCACCUGUUUUCCUAAGACUGUUUCUGUAUUCUUUUCUGAUCAAAUGCUUCAGAACUGAGAUUAUUUAUGAUCAAUGCUGAUUCAGUUGCUAGAGACACUGAAGAAUGAAUAUAUUCUUCAUAUUUAUUUGCAUUUUUCUAUGAUGCAGACUAAGAGGACUUUUUAUUUAAGCUAUCCAGUCUCUUCUUAGAACUGGCUUCCAGCUUCAGAUCACUAAAGGGAUAUUAUAUAUCUCUGAAAAAAUGAGCUUUAGCCAUUGAGGAACAGGGCAUGACUUCUCUCUGUCAGUAGUUCAGUUCAAAAGCACAUCUGCACAGCGAAUGAAAUUCCUGUUGACAGACACUCCCUGCUUAGUUGUGAGUGUUUUGGUACUAUGAAGUGUGAUAUCCUGCUUUGGGCACUGUACAGUAAAAAGAAUGCACAGUACAACUAUGAUGAUAAUUAGCGGUCUUGAAGAUCUGAUUUACAAGGAAAGUUUGAAUGAAGUGGAGUCAUUAGCCAAAUGUGCUAGGAAAGAUAAGAAUAACUCAUGCUGCCUUGAGGAAUCAUGGUAGACUAGGUGUUCCCUUGUGUUCUCUUCAGUCUAUCUUCCCAUUCCCUCCAUCAUUUCCUGUGCUCUCCUUUUACUGCACCCCCACAUGGACAGUUUUUUAACAUUUCAGGGAGAAUUUGUGAACAGAGUUUCUUAUUAUUAGGAUGUAAAAAGUUGUGCACAAAAAUUUAACUACUUUGAUCAUGACAAUAUGUUUAGCAAACUGAUCUGUAAGACAGGAGCUACUUUAAUGGAUGACAUUUGGGAAAAGAAGUCUCUUCAUCCUUUAUCAUAUGUCCUUUUUACAGUCAUUAUUUCCUAAUCCAGAGCCUGGACGCCUUCAUUGCUUUCUGAAAUGAGGAGGAACAAUCCUCCUGGAGCCCUUCAUCUGUGAGCAAAUUCACUGUGCUUUUUUUCCCCCAUCUGUAGGUCCACUGUCCUCAGAGGCGUCUGAAACAUUACACUGAAAAGUCAGUGGCAAAGCCCCACUUCAGUAAAGCUUAAAUAAAGGGGAGUACUUACUAGUGAAUUGUGGAUGAAAAAAAAAAAAAGUCUAAAAUCUGAAAUCCAAAACCUUAACAAAUUAUAAGGUUUUUCAGCUUCAGGAUGGCAACUUCCUAAAUGGCUCAGUAAAUGCAUAUGGGAAGUUCCUGUGUGUGAAGGGUAGUUGAAGGUAAAUUGGGAUUUGAACAUUUUGAUAAUUUUGUUUGGAUUUUGCUUUAGACUUUUGUUUGCUGCUAAAAGAAACAGACACAUGCAAUGCUUAGAUUGUGUGUCUAAUGAUAAACAAAUCCAUUUGCGGGUACGAAAGAUGAGUACAUGGUAUCCACGUUUUGCCAGUGGAUCCAAUAACAUACUAUGAAUGAGCCUGGAGAACACAGAAAGGAUGAACUCUUGAUAAAACCUAGUAAACUGCCAAGACCUUUUUAUGCUACCUAGAGCUGCAAUAAACUACUGUAUCUUCCUUUUAAAGAUGAUGGAUAGUGAAAGCUGACAAAUGCAUCAAAUACCAUCAGGGUUAUAUAGGUAGAUAAGAAAUGCUCAGAUUAUCUCCUUUGAUAUGAGCAGGGGAGUUUGUAUGGAAGAAUACAUCUCAACACCUGUUUGGUUCCUCCUAAGCAACUAGGUAUCUUACUCGUUAAGGGCUCAUCAUUUGCCUCAAUGACCUACAAGGCAAACUUACAGCCCCUGUCUGCCAGGGGCCUCUCAAACUGGAAAGCAAACACAGACAAGACAAAAUACACCGGGACAUCCAAACAAGUCUGUUAGAGCAAAUAGAAAACAUCAACAAAAAUAAACGGAGUUAAGGGAGCAGAAGGUGUGCUGGAAAUUUUUGUUGUCUUCAAAGGAAAUUAAGAAAAUUUCAGUUUGUGGUGUUCUGUA